AUGGAGAACACUGACAUUGACAUGCUUAUCAGCAUACCCGAUACACCGGAUAGAGAGGUGAGACGACGUACUUCUUUAGGCAGAGAGGUCAAGAGAAGACCACAUUCUCCAGAAGCGCCAGUGAGAUAUCAGAGACAAGACUGCAUUGACGGUAGAGCAAGACCAGUAGUCCAUGAAGUCCGGGAAAAUCCUGAUGCGCAAACUGAGAACGGGCAUCGCUCCCGUGUCACUGGAGGCAAUGCUCUGUUUAGGAGAACAGCGGUCGGGAAGGAUAAAGGGAAAUCCAUCUGCACUGGUCCUUGCGCGGCUCGGCUAGAGAAUUAUCCGGUUGUAAAUCCAAAUCAAUGCAAUGGACAUGCUCAUGUUGCUGCAUCGAGAUGCUUACCAUCUGAGUUGCGCACAAGUAAUGAUUCUUGUCCUUUACUAGGUGAUCGUAAGGUGCCUGGGAAUGGUAAUAAGGGUAAAGAAAAAGUAGACUGUGGCUCUGUUUCUGGUAGAGAAACAAUUGACCUUUCCAGCGACAUUAAACCGAGUAGAGGCACUAAGAGACUGGUAAGACAUGGGUGCAUAUCUCCACAUGGAAUAGCAGCUAGAGCUAGACUAGCUGCUGAUACCAGUUCCAACGAUACAGUUGGUGUCGAGCAUGAAAUAGCUCCUGAAACUGCAUCUUCGAUUGGCAUAAGAGAGAUUGUUUCUGGAAAUCACAUCCGCGGAAGAGCUAGAGGAAAGCGAUCAGAAAUUUCCCCAAGCAGGGUGGCGAGUAGAGAUGCCUUGGAAGGGUGGGUUAGUACGCGCAACCGGAAUCUAAAUAUCGGCCAUGAAAUGAAUCGUAGGGAGGAUGGGAGUGACACACGUGGAAUCUGUAGUUCUGUUUCCCGUCUUGAUGUGCACGAAACCGGUCCAGCUGACAGAGAAACUAGACAGCAACGGCGACGAAAGAAUGGGUUCACUACUUUGAGCGUUUCAGAUGAGCCAGAGGUUUCUGUUAUUGGAUCUUCUGGGGAACCAUCUAGUUCAAGGCCACCGAGAAAUCAGAAUCAUCAAAGACAAGUGCUGGAAAUUGAAGAUUCAUCUCCUGUUCCUGGACGUGUUGAAAACGAUGAACAAAUAGAAGCGGAUGAGAGAUUGGCCCGUGAGUUACAAGAACAGCUGUACCAAGAAGGCACAAUGAUUAGAACCGAUCAGAUCGACCAAAACAUAGCCAGGUUGCUCGAACAAGAAGAGAAUUAUGUCCGUGCUUCUUCUAGUCGAUCCUCUACACGUAAUACCAGAAGCUCUAAUACCAUUGAGGCAAAUCCACGUGGGAGAAGUCGGCUCGAAACACGACUGCAACAAAAUCCUUCAAGGAGGCGUCUCAAUCCUCCACAGGCUCGCGCGUCUGUUAGAGCACCAGCACGGGGUAGAGGUCAGCGUUUAGGCCGUGCACCUGCUUCACUACGCAGAGCUCUGAAUCUCAAUUUUCCAAAUGAUAUGGGCAUAGAUUCGAGAUUGGACUUUCUGGAGAAUCUAGAGAAUGUUAUUGGACACUCCAUCAACAAUAGUAAUCUUCUUCAUAUGGAUCGUGACUUUACUGAAGAUGAUUACGAGUUGCUGCUAGCUCUUGAUGAAAACAACCAUCAACACGGCGGUGCUUCUACUCAUAGCAUUAAUAACUUGCCAGAGUCCACAGUUCAAACCGACAAUUUUCAAGAAACCUGUGUUAUUUGUCUGGAAACACCGACGAUUGGAGACACUAUCCGACAUCUUCCUUGUUUUCACAAAUUCCACAAAGAUUGCAUUGAUCCAUGGCUAGGACGGAGUAAAGCAUGCCCGGUUUGUAAAUCAUCCGUGACCUAA